AUGUCGCUUAUCUCCCUCCGGAAUCUGCGCACCCAGUGGUUCCCGCCCAAAGCGGCCUUCACUGAGAAAGAGCUGCCUUUGCAGAAGGGUCGGGUUUUCAUCGUGACAGGCGGCAAUGCCGGCGUCGGCUUUGAAUUAUGCAAGAUCCUGUAUGGCUCCGGUGCGACCAUUUACAUGGCAUCAAGAUCGGAGGCAAGCCCCUCGAACAAAUUCAGACUCAUGACCCCACCGGUUCAACCUGCGCCGAAGUCGCCCGGCAAGAUCAAGUUCCUCCAUCUUGACCUCAACGACUUGGAAUCAGUCAAGGGGGCGGCGACUAGCUUCGCACAACAAGAAUCAAGGCUCGAUGUCCUCUGGAAUAAUGCGGGAACUGGAGCGAACCUGGUGGAAGCCGGCGCUAAAACAGCCCAGGGAUUCGAGGCUAUGGUGGGGAUGCACUGUAUCGCGACUUUGCUAUUCACCGAGCUGCUGCGACCGCAGCUACGGGCGGCCGCAGCAGCGCCCGAGACACCUCGUGGAUCUGUCAGGGUAGUAUGGACAUCCAGCUUUUUGGCGGAGGGCGCCUCGCCGGCGAAUGGGAUUGAUUUCACCGUGUUAGAUAAGGGAACCAAAGAUCGCACUCGCAACUAUGCUGUCUCAAAGGUAGGAACCUGGAUGCUGGGACGGGAGUUGGCACGACGAUCCCAUCUCGACCAGGAAAACAUUGUGAGCGUGGUGCAGAAUCCAGGUAAUCUAAAUGCGGGCUCCUAUGCAGGGACUCCGGCGUUUGCCAUGUUUUUCAUUAGCCCCUUGCUUUAUGAGGCCAAGUUUGGGGCCUAUACUGAGCUAUACGCCGGUUUAUCAUCCGAGAUAACCCUUGAGAAGAAUGGCGCCUAUAUCAUUCCCUGGGGAAGGAUUCGACCGGAUAAGGAUUGUCCACGACGAGAUAUCGUCGCGGCGAUGACUUCGGCCGAGGACGGGGGACUUGGAUAUCCAACACGGUUUUGGGAGUGGUGUGAGCAGCAGUGGAAGCCUUUAGUGUAA